UGUGGCGCUGGCACCUAGCUCGGUGCUUUAACGAGCCCUCCAGGUGCGCCGAGGCACGAAGAGCAACGAAUGGAGGAGCGGAAUGGGGAAAGAAGGGCCUCUCCUUUAAGACGGAGCGGACGCCCCCCGCCGCCCCUUCCCGGGCCUCCUAACAUCCUGCAGCGGCCGGCGGCUCUCAGGUGCGGCUGCGAGGAGGCCGGAGUGAGGGAGCCCGAGGCGCCCAGCGCACAGGGCCGGUGAGGCGGAGGCGGGCUGGCGAGCGGGUCUGGCGCCAGGGGAAGUACAGCCGGGACCGCUACGGCGCCGACGGGGCCCCCGGGCGCAGCGGGCCGGCGCCCAGCACCUUUCCAGCCCGGGCAACCUCAGCGUCGCCCCCACCCCCACCCCACCCGGCACCGCUGGCUCCGGGCUGCGGGGUUGGACGGCUGCGCCCGCCAGGGGCUCGGAAUCCGGGGCGGCCGGCCGGGAUGCGGGCGGGAGCGGGGAACCGGGCCUCGCCUCACGGCGGGCGCCCCUUCCUCACAGCCGCCGGGACCCCGGCGCCCGCGCCCAGAGUCAUGAACCGCAGCAGCACGAGCAGCGCGGCCGAGAAGGCGCCCACAGCCAUGCUCUGGGGCUGUGAGCUAAACCAGGAGAAGAGGACCUGGACCGUCAAACCCCAGAAGGAAGGGAAGCAGGACUGUAAGCUGUUGCUCAGUACGAUUUGCUUGGGGGAGAAAGCCAAAGAAGAGAUGAACCUCGUGGAAAUCCUGCCCCCAGCCAGCCAGGAAGACAAGAAAGCCAAGCCCAUCACCAUCGCCUCUCUUCAGGCCUCGGUGCUCCCCAUGGUCAUGAUGGGAUUGGAGCUUUCUCCUCCAGUCACUUUCCAGCUCCGGGCUGGCUCUGGACCCGUGUUCCUCAGUGGCCAGGAAUGUUAUGACACUUCAGACCUGUCCUGGGAGGAGGAGGAGGAGGAGGAGGAGCUGGAGGAGGAGGAAGAGGAGGAAGAUGACAGCGAUGAUGAUGACGAUGAUGAUGUUGAUGUAGAUGUGUCCCUAGAGGAGGAGACCCCUAUUAAACAAGUCAAGAGGCUAGCAUCCCAGAAGCAGACAGGUGUUGCCAAGGUGAGGGAAGGGACACCGCCCCCACACACAGGCUCCUCAGAAACCUGGGCCAGGCCUCCUGAGUUGAGUGUGAGUGUACAGAGGCCUGGGGUCCUGCCAGGUGCCCAGCAGGAGUCUGCUGGCCCUGGACCCUGCCCUAACUGUCCCCAUGCUGCUUGUGUUUGCUUCCCAGAAAAAAAAGGUGGAAAAAGAAGAGGAGGCAGUGAGCCCCUGGCUUUCCUGGAAGUGGCCAGGGCCCUGCAUUGCAGUGUAGGCAUUAGGAGACCCAGCCUUAAAGACAAGAGUACUGUGAAAAAGGCCAAACCCACACUCAAACCUAAAAAGCCAGGAUCCAAGAAAUGA